AUGGCCUCCGGAAACUACUACGACCAAAACCAAUCCUUCGAUGGCCCCAACCGAGGCGACCGAGGUGAAUACAACGACACCCGCUACAACGGUCCCCCCUCCUACAGCGGCGGCGACGACUUCUCCUCCGCAGCCUCCCAUGCCCGCGAACACCAUGACCAGGGCUCCUCUAACGGAUCCUUCUUCGACAAUGCCCUCGGCUUCCUAAACGAGCACAAGGACUCCCUAUCCAACCACCAGAACUACGACAUAGACGAGCAGCACGUACUGCAGUCUCACCAGAAGCUGUACGGAGGCGGUGAUCCCAGCCAGGAGAGUCAUGAUGCUGGAUCCGUUGGUUCGGGUGCUGCGCUACAGGCUAUGAAGUCUUUCACUUCUGGUGGCUCUAGCGAUGGGGGCUUUGAUAAGAAUAAGCUUGUUGGUAUGGCUAUGGCUCAGGCUUCGAAGCUGUGGGAUGAGAAGCAGGGUGGUGGUGCUAGCAUGUCCGGCGACAAGCAGUCUGCUGUUAACAAUGCUGCUGAGAUGGCUAUGAAGAUGUACAUGAAGAGCCAAGGUGGUGGCUCCGGUGGCUCCGGCGGUCUUGGUGGUCUUGCUGGCCUUGUCAGUGGAAACUCUAGUGGUCUGAUGGGCUUGGCUAGUAAGUUCCUGUAA